AGUCCCUGCCUGUGUAUCGAAUAUGCUCUGAUCUAAUUUGACCGGAAAAGGAGAAUGACUGGAUCGGUCCAGUCGGGUUCUCCAAAGAUUGGUCGUACAAUUGACCGUCUAACAAUGGACGCGUGUCCCCCACUGCUCCUCCUAUUUAAGUGCAUUGCUCCCUCGCAUUCCCAAUUUGAAGAAGAAACAAAACGCCCUCAGCAUACGGCUCCCCCCACCUCCAUUAUCACCUUCCAUUGUUGGCAGAGCCGAUCGAGCUUAGCACAGUGAGAAGGAGAUGUGCAAUACCGCUCCGCCCUCCUCUUCUCCCCCCUUCCCUUCUCUCACCAAAUCUCAUAUUUCGAACAGCACUGCUCCUGAUGACCUCCAUCGCCAUCCGACUCUCUCUGAGUUAGCGGAUGAGAUGCGCGCCAUCGGGAAGAUAUCGGUGCCGGCCGCUGUGACGGGGCUCAUGCUUUACUCGCGCGCCAUGAUUUCGAUGCUCUUCCUCGGGUACCUCGGCGAUUUGGAGCUGGCCGCCGGUUCGUUGGCGAUUGGGUUCGCCAACAUCACCGGCUACUCCGUGCUGUCCGGGCUGGCGAUGGGCAUGGACCCCAUCUGCGCACAGGCCUUCGGCGCCAACCACCACAGACUCCUCGGCCUCACCCUGCAGCGGGCCACGCUGCUUCUUCUUUCAGCCUCCCUUCCCAUCUCCCUCCUGUGGCUCAACGCCCGCUCCGUCUUGCUCUUCUGCGGCCAGGACGAGCAAAUCUCCUCCGCCGCGCACGUCUUCAUCACCGCCGCCGCCCCCGACCUCCUCUUCCUCUCCUUCCUUCAUCCGCUCCGUGUCUUCCUCCGUGCGCAGAACAUCACCCUCCCUGUCACCUACUGCUCUUUCUUCUGCGCCGCGCUCCAUGGCCCGCUGACUUACCUUCUGGCAGUGCGCCUCCGACUUGGCAUCGCCGGCGUGGCCGCUGCCAUGAUCUGGACCGACCUUAACCUCCUCACCUGUCUGUUGCUCUUCCUGCUCUGCUCCGGAGUGUGCCGGGACACCUGGCCCGGCGGCCCCUCCGCCGACUGCCUCCGCGGGUGGCCGGCACUGCUCCGACUCGCUGCUCCCUCGUGCGUGUCCGUCUGCCUCGAGUGGUGGUGGUACGAGUUCAUGAUCAUCUUCAGCGGCCUCCUCGCGCACCCCCGUACCGCCGUCGCCUCCAUGGGCAUCCUAAUCCAGACCACCUCCCUCGUCUACGUCUUCCCCUCAGCGCUCAGCUUCGGCGUCUCCACGCGCGUCGGCAACGUGCUCGGCGCAAACCUGCCCUCCAAGGCCCGCGCUGCGGCCACAGCAGGUGUCGUCUGCGCGGUCGCGCUCGGCCUCGUGGCGACCGCGUUCACGGCGUCGAUGCGGCACCAGUGGGGACGGCUGUUCACCCGCGACGCGGAGACACUGAAGCUCACCGCGCUCGCGCUGCCCAUCACCGGGCUCUGCGAGCUCGGGAACUGCCCACAGACGGUGGGCUGCGGCGUGCUUCGGGGGAGCGCGCGGCCCUCCACUGGCGCUAACAUCAACCUUAGUUCUUUCUACCUGGUGGGGAUGCCCGUCGCCGUGCUCCUUGGCUUCGUCGGCAAGAUGGGAUUGCUGGGCCUGUGGCUGGGGCUCCUCGCGGCGCAGUCCUCGUGCGCGGCUCUCAUGGCCUUGGCACUCACCAGAACGGAUUGGAUAGCGGAGGCAGAGAGAGCCAGAGAAUUGACCAAUUACCCUAAUUCAAAUUCAUCUUCAACCAUUCCAAUUUCUGUUCCUGCUUCGGAUGACGUAAUUGAUGCCACAACUCCUCUGUUUACUAAUUCCAUGGGAGCAGAGAAGAAGCCUACAGCUCUACAACACGUCUUAUCCGUGAUUCACGAAGAUGUGAAGACGGCAACUAGUGAUUCAGAAACAGCUCCUCUCUUUCUCAGUAUCGAUUGAACUGGGUUCAUCUAUUCAUUUAUUUUCCCUUUUUGUUUUAUAAUCAGGUUUUUCUUGUAAACCUAAUCCCAUUCAUUCCUCUGUCUUUUUGUUUGUUUACCUUCAUUCACCGACUGGAAGCUGCGACCAAAACUAAUGCGAGGAAGAUCAUAGACAGCGACGUCAAAAGUUACAACUUUUUGCGUUGAAUUCCCCUGUUGUUCACAAAUUGGAGAGUAGAUGCUGCAAUCUACUUUUUAGCACUUGGAUUUAGUAGCUUAUUUGGAAAUUGACUUUUUUUUACU